AUGUUUUAUUCUCUACCAGUUGAAGUUCAAUUUGACGUCUUAAAAUGUCUUAAUUUCAAUCAAUUAUUUUCUGUUAAACAAACCAACUUUUACCUGCGCAAUUUAAUUAAUAAAUAUGAAAAUGGAUUGGCUCGAAUGGAAUUUGGUCGGCUCGAAAUUGUAAAUAUUUAUUAA